ACGUUGUCACGUGACCGUGGCCACGUGACGUUUGACAACAGGAAGCUUUGUUUGAGAACUUCUCUUUUAGAGCGCACAGCGGCAGAUCAGGACCGGGGGGAAAUCUCAGUCGUAACAAGGAGCCCAAGUAUUGGUUCAGUGUGGCGAAAUCAGGGGCAAAGUGAGAAGAACAGAAUGAAUGCUCAUUCUGUUGCCAAAGAGGUCCCAAUUAAGCAAGUUAGAGGAAGAAAGCUCCAGUUCAAUACCAACAUGAGAGACACAUAAUCAAAAGGAGGAAUUCAUCUUGCAGUGUUGUCCUCCUACAAACUCACGCACACUCAACCUUUUCCGCACCAUGGACCAACCACUGCUGCAAAGAGAUUCGGGCCCAGGCUGCUGCUCCUGUAGAAUGCUCAAGGCUUGGCUGCCCAUACUCUCCUGGCUACCCAAAUACACGCUUAAAUGGCUUCAGAUGGAUCUUCUUGCUGGCCUCACCGUCGGGCUGACAACCGUCCCGCAAGCCUUGGCCUAUGCAGAAGUAGCAGGCCUUCCUGUGCAGUAUGGGCUCUACUCUGCCUUCAUGGGAGGCUUCAUCUACACCUUCCUCGGGACAUCCAAGGACGUGACGCUUGGUCCCACAGCCAUCAUGUCCUUACUUUGCUUCUCGCUGGUGGGGGGCGAGCCCCGCAGAGCUGUGCUGCUCAGCCUUCUCUGUGGACUCAUCCAGGCUGCACUGGCAUUACUGAGAUUAGGCUUCCUCUUGGACUUCAUCUCAUUCCCUGUGAUAAAAGGCUUCACUUGUGCCGCAGCAAUAACAAUUGGCUUUGGUCAGGUGAAGAAUAUCCUGGGACUCCAAGAUAUUCCCCAUGAGUUCUUCCCACAGGUUUACUACACAUUCUACAAGAUCCCUGAGGCCCAAAUAGGCGAUGUGGUCCUUGGUCUGCUCUGUGUAGCGUUGCUGGUGAUGUUGAUGUCAAUGAAGACAAGUCUGGGAUCUGGUGAUGACGCUCCCACGUUCUCCAGGGUCGCCAGAAGAUUUGUGUGGGCUGUUGCUACCAUGCGUAACGCCCUCAUAGUCGUGGCCGCAUCUUUUUGCGCCUUUUCGUGGGAAGCUUACGGCCAUCAUGUGUUCACAAUCACUGGGGAAACCUCCCAGGGGCUCCCACCCUUCAGGCCGCCGCCAACCUCGGACACCACCGCCAAUGGCACUGUGGUAACGUUUGGAGAGAUUGUAGAGGACUUUGGGGGAGGUCUCGCUGUGAUUCCUUUCAUGGGACUGCUGGAGAGCAUUGCGAUUGCAAAAGCAUUCGGAGACCUGGAUAAGGUUAAGGAUCCUAGGGAACACCAACCACAGAGCAAAAGCAUCAUACACAGUGGCUGUUCCAAGAAUACUUCUGAGCUUCUCUUUUAUACAUUUGCAGAACAACUACAGAAUAGAUGCCAACCAGGAACUGUUGGCAAUUGGUGUGACCAACAUCAUGGGCUCCUUUGUCUCAGCCUACCCUGUCACUGGCAGCUUUGGAAGGUGGUGUGUGUGUGUGUGUGUGAGAGAGAGAGAGAGAGAGAGAAAGAUCAGUGUACUGUCUUUACAGACUCAUGUUUUGUCGCCAUGUUUAGGACUGCAGUAAAUUCUCAGACUGGGGUUUGUACUCCAGCUGGAGGGAUUGUCACUAGUGUGAUAGUGUUGCUCUCUUUGGCGUUCCUCAUGCCGGCCUUCUACUACAUCCCGAAAGCUUCUCUAGCUGCUGUUAUCAUCUGUGCGGUCGCUCCUAUGGUUGACUAUCAAGUGGUGGCUAAGAUGUGGCAGAUACACAAGCUUGACCUCCUUCCCUUUACUGUGACAUUCCUGAUGAGUUUCUGGGAGGUGCAGUAUGGAAUCAUAGGAGGUGUUGCUCUAUCUGGAGCCUUACUGAUGUACACCAUGGCUAGACCUCAGAUAAAGAUGUCUCAUCAAGGUGUACUGCUAAUUCAGUUGGCAAGUGGGCUCAGCUUUCCUGCUGCAGAACAUCUGAGCCAUAUCAUACACACUCAAGCGCUACAGGAGUCUCCUCCACAUUCAGUAGUAUUGGAUUGCCAUCAUGUCAGUGUCAUAGAUUACACUGUGAUUAAUGAGCUGAGUGACCUGCUGAGGCAAUUCAAACGCCAAGAUGUGUGUCUGAUCCUUUCCGGAGUGCAGCCAAACGUCCUGGAGAUUCUUUUAGCCGCAGAUCUGGAGGGCCUCAGAUAUGCUGAUGGCGUUGAGACGGCACUGCAAAUGGGAUCAGGCAACCUCAAUUUAUGAUGAAGGAAGUUCCCAGCCACCGUCCGAGGAAGAGAUGUUUGCUGAUGCUCGCCAAACUAUAUGGGUGUCACAAAUUUGUGCUAAAAAGGUGCUACACUACCGAGACAGACAUCAAUCCUUUUCUAUCCCUUACUGUUCCAUUGAAAACUUGGAAAUCAGUGAGGAUUCUAUGUGACUGUGGUGACCUGAAACCAAAUACCGUAUCUAAUUGCUUGUUUAUAACCGUUUGUUUUAAGUUUUUUUGUGACAUAUUUUAUGAACUCAAAAUUUUAAUUACCUCAGAUAUUGCACCACAAUGUUUUUUUAGAAAACAAAACUUAAACCGUCCCAAAACGCUGGUAAAUGCAACAUAUUAACAGUAGCACAUACUACAUGACCUCAAUACUCUUAAUAUUGUGUGUUAAACAUUUAAAAAAUUCAUCUAUGUUACUAUCCCAAUCCAUUUUUUCAUACAUGAACCAUUCAAAUACUUUUUAAUGACAUUUAUUAGUAUACCUAUUGUGUAUUAUUCUGAAUGAGCUGACUGUACCAGUAAAAAACAUUUCCAUUUUGAUUAAUCUUCUCUUUUCGGCUGUCAAAUUGAUGCAGCUCUUUUGUGAAGAAUCAUAGACUGGAAAUACAUGUUUGUUUUAGUCAAAAGAGUGACCUGAUGUUUUUGACAGCACCUCUGUACUAUGUCUUAAGUACAUACUUAUGUAUUGUGUUAAGAUUCUUCCGCGAAGAGGGUUUUGUAAUUCAGGUAUUAAAGGUCACCUACUGUACAUGUGUAUGAUUAAAAAUGUUUUUGUUUUUUUUUCAAAUGUAGUUUACAACCCCAAUUCCAAUGAAGUUGGGACGUUGUGUUAAACAUAAAUAAAAACAGAAAAGAAUGAUUUGCAAAUCAUGUUCAACUUAUAUUUAAUUGAAUACACUACAAAGACACGAUAUUUAAUGUUCAAACUGAUAAACUUGAUUGUUUUUAGCAAAUAAUCAAUAACUAAUUUUAUGGCGGCAACACGUUCCAAAAAAGCUGGGACAGGGUCAUGUUUACCACUGUUUUACAUCACCUUUUGUUUGAACAACAUUCAAUAAACGUUUGGGAACUGAGGACACUAA